UCUGAGAGGGCUUCUUCAUCUGAUCUGCACCAAAAGUCACUGUUCACUUAUUGACCCCUACAGAGCUGCCAGCUUUUUCAGAUUGAAAUACUUGAGUCCCAGCCCGGGAGUCAUAGCUUGCAGUGAGAGAAAACCUGUCGAGGAAAAAAAUUGAAUGCUAGAAACUUGUAGUGCUAUAUGUAACGAUUAGGUUGUCAUCCAGUAUGAGAGUGUAACUGGUUUACGGGUAAUUCAGAUCAGCGUGAACUGUAGGAGCGAUCUAGCCUUUGAGAACACAUUUGUAUCUACUGAAGUAAGUCAAUCGCUAGCAAGACAUUCAAAUCUUAGAACGGGGCAUAGCAGGCUAUUCCUGUUGAAGAUCUGUGAGCUGAAUCAUUGUAUUCUUUGUUGACAGAAUCCAUUGUCACUUUUUUAUCCGACGACCCCAGGCAGACCAUACAUUGAUGCAGGUGAUCUGAGUUAGAAGCACAAUAUUGUUAACAGCCAUGGAAAGCGCUGAUCCGCAAGUAGAGAAGCUGUUCCCUGAGGAGGAUCUGUCCGUUCCAGCGCCAGUGAGCUCAUCGUUCUGUGUGCCAUACACGACGCAAUUCAUCAUCUUCAAAAAGCAUUUUGUUUGGACAGAUGGCGUGUUCAAAGUGAAGGAUGUCAAGGGCAAUUUGCUCUUCAAGAUAGAUAGAUCUUCGGCCCUUUGCUGUAACCUGGUCGUCUACGAUCACGAUGGAAGUGUCGUCAUGAGUUUGAGAAGGAAGAUCUUUUCGUUCGUGGAUACAUGGAAUGCGUACCGCGGCAAGAAAUCAAGCAAGUCUGAGGAUCGGCUUUUCACGAUGUCAAGGUCCAGUCUCAUUCAGUGGAAACCGCAUUUCACGAUAUGGCUUCCAGGAAAGGCAAACGAUGAAUUUACGUUGAGUAGCGACUUCUUCGAAACGCAUUAUAAAAUACGUCACAACGGUGUUAUCAUCGCAGAGGCUGUACAGAAGCAUUUGCUCUGCUUCAAAAAAGAAAUGGCGGUUACAGUGAAACCGGGAGUCGACCAAGCAUUCGUAGCAGCACUUCUCGUCAUCAAGAGACAGAUAGUCCCUCACAGACAGGGUGGUGGAGAUUGAGUGUAAGCACUGAUACAGUAAAAGAUAGAGCUUACUGCCGAAUUGUAAAUACGAAUUGUGUCCUCCACUUCCGAAUUGUUCUACCUACGCCGAGGUACAUCGUAUGGUGAUGCAAACCCCGUUUCGAUAUGAAUGGAUGCAAGAUGGCGGGAAAUCACAACGUAGGAAGCUCCAAGUUCUUGUCCGAGGCCAUUACCUAAUGCAGCCAGACUGUUGCCAGUGCAUCUCUCUCUGUUGCACUUCUCCUCCAAGCGCAACAAUAUGGCAAGUACAGGCCUAUUUCACUCGGAGACAAAUUUCAAUCCGCUUCGAUUAGACUCUUGAACAACUGAGCAAAAUACAAUACCAGAAGAUUCACGAAGUGUUAAUCUUCAUUGCCAUUACCUGAACCCCACCAGUGCAGAUACUCAUAGAUGUUUAUACCUUUCAUAGUGCUACAAGUAGUUUCAUAUUCAAAUUAUUAGUAAGAACGUGUUCUCUUCUUUUGACUUAGAAAGAUUAGACCUACGCUUACCCAGCAUUUACGUUUCGUUGAAUCUUAAAGUCAUACGGCCCUUAUUUGCGGUCUGAACUUGUGUUUUAUGUAUUAUAACUUCUCACCUGUCCCUUUCCAUACCAAGGCGAGGAAGAACCAUGGUAACCCUCAUUCUUAUUUCACAGCUUUUAAUAAAAUGAAUAGCAUGGACUACAAUAUGAUUGUUGCAACAGAGUUCUACCACGAAGGUUCCCCGUGCUAUGCGAAACUCCACAUGGAACAGUUUUAUAUUGGACGGCCAUAGACGUGGAAAAGCGUAGUGAACAUUAAAUUUCCAGACACUAUGUAGUCGUCUUCAGAUUCUACUACC